GUCUAGAUAUUACCAAUCAAGCAAGAGGGGUCUUGUACAGCCAUGGCUACUAGAAAUAUAGAUGAUGCAAAUAAUGCAAACACCAACACAUAUGGAUCACGAUAUGUUUCCAAAUACUCCGAUUAUCUAGGUGCUUCAUCUAAGCAAGCGCUUGUUCUGUCAUCAUUAAAGAAAUUACCUGACAAUUCCAUGUCCAGUAUAGACUUCCACACCAGUAUACCGACAGGUUCAUUUGUUGAAGAAGCACAUGAACGGGAUAUCUACCGACCAACAAUUUCCACUACGAACGAUUCAUCCACUGAUGUGAAUGUGACGCCAUUGAAAGAAGCUCAGUUUAAGAUUCUUCAAACUAAACUUUCGAUGAAGGCUAAAUUGGCCGAGAAUGAAGCAUUGGAUAAGGAGAUUAGAAACUUGGACCAGCCUAUAUAUUAUAAACCUCCUCCUGCCAAUUACGAGGACAGUUACUACGGAAUAAAACUGUUACUUCCGCCCAAUAUUAAACUUGGAAAUAAGCAAAAUAAAGAAAACAAGAUUCCUAUUAUUGUCAGUAAGCCAGACGAAGCAUACGAUACAAGCGAUUUGCUUAAAAGUAUCAGAGAUCAACAACAGGAAAAUGAUGAUAUUGAUGAUGAUUUCCAUGCCGAUAACCCCGCUGGUGAUUGGGCCAGCCCAGUAGUAAAAGAAGCAUUGGCGAGACAAGUUGAUUUAGAAGGGUGUGUUGUUAGAAUAUUCAAGAAUGUUAUAUUCCUAGUGGCGUUUCUUUUGAUCAAGUCCUUGGCUAAGAAGUUGAUGUACUUGUAUGACUUACGAGUCAAGUCCCAGCCAUAUUAUGUAUACUGGAACAACAAGUAUGAAAGUUUGUCAGAUAAUAUUUACUUGAUAGUAGCAAGUAAGAUUCUAGUUGGUAUAUUUGUGCUCAAUAUUAUCAUCCCUUUAAUUAGAAUUAUCAAGGGACAGGAUCAAUGCUAUGAUUUACCAUUGAGCGAAAAGCAAAGGCAAUUGAUCGGGUUAAAAGUACGUGACAGACCCAGUGAUCAAAGAGGUAAAUGGGAAGGCAUAGAUGAAGUUGACGAGUCUGCGGAGUUAACUUUAAAACAAAGAAGGUAUAAUUUGAUUCACAAGGUUCCAUAUAAGAAGGUUCCCAAGUAUAGAAAGUUGAAUGAUUAUUCCAUUUACAAAGCGAAGCCCGUUGAAGUAAGUAAACUGGAUGAGGCUAGCAUACAGGGCCCAUCGAUUUACCCCUCGAGAACUCUUAGCAAUGCUACUCAGUUGACCAAUACUAAGCCUACUGGGUUACAUUUUUUGGCUGAUAUCCCCAAGCCAAUUGCCAAAUCCAAGUAUUCUCAAGAAAAGAUUGUAAAAGAAAAGGCUAAAUUUGCAAAGAAUUUCAAUAUUGACUUUAAUAUAGCUGAUGACGAGUAAUAAAUAGUUUUUAAUAUAUACAUUUAUAGAAGUUAUAAAUCUUUCAAUUGGUUCAAGCUUUCAAUCAAGUCAUCAAUCUCGGGGAAAUCUUGUUUAAAAAAGCUUGCCUUGUCUUGAAUUGACUUCGGGUUUGGAUUAUCGACAGUAUUUUCGUCAGUCAUGUAAAACAUCAAGAAUUCAAUGAUUUUAAAGUUUAACUUCUGCUGAUUCGAUUCUUUUGAAUCGGAGUUCAUUUGAGUAGGAUCAAAAGAAGAUAACUUGAAUCUUCUAAUCAAGAUUGAACAGCCUUUAUUUUCUUCAAAAACGCGAUAGUUUGUGAAAUCCUUCAACAAGAUAUGAAUCAUGGUGGUGAUUACUGAUAUGGUCAACUCUAUACUGAUACUCUCGCUUGCUUGUAACAAAUCUAGAAUAGUCUUCAUGUUUCGAGAUCUGUGAAAAAGUUUUCGUGAGUUUGGAUGGAUCAAGACUAAUCCUUGAAGGAGGUUAUUGCAUUGGAGCAAAUUAUCUUCUCCGAUUGAAGGUAACUUGUAUGCAUUCACGAGAUGUUCACAUAUAUUGUACUGGAAACUGUCCUGCAAAGCAACAAACUUUUGAAGCUCGGUAGGUGUGUGCUGCAAAUUAUGCUGGUGAUGAGAUGUUCUAUUGUUGUAGUAUGUGGUGAUGUAGGGUAAUAGAUUGUGUAAUAGUUGUUGCAAAGACGCUAGUCCGACAGAUAUAUCUUUUACAUUUUGUGAAUCAAGCAAAUCAAUGAUGUCACAUAUUCUCAGUUCCAUGUCUGAAACCCUAGUUGCCAUUGUAGCUAGCUAAUAUAUAUAUGUAUGUAUGUAUCUUACUCUGUAGGGCAACGGUUGUCUACUGAGCGGGUGAAUUUUUGAUAUGUUACUUAUUUCGCCUGAUUAGGAAAUAGUGAGGCGUGUCGCACAGUGACAGCAAAUCUAGAUUCACACUAUCGUAAAUGGAACUAAACUGAUACAAGGUUUGCAAUAACUAUUGGAAACCAUAGUGGCAAUGUAGAAACAUGUAGAUUUACCUGAUAAACCACGAUGUAGCCAGAUGUGUAUAGUAUUGAAAUAGGGGCUG